AUGGACCUAAGGACCUCUCAAGCCAGAUCUCAUGUUACUUUGCACGAGAAAUGGAUGACUCAGUUCUCUCGAGUUUAUAGAAAUGAAUCCGAGAAAAAUAUAAGGUCUAAAGUGUUCAAUGACAACUUGAAAUUCAUUGAGAACUUUAACAAAAAGGGGAAUCAAAGCUAUAAACUUGGUGUCAACGAAUUCACUGAUUUGACCAAAGAAGAGUUCCUUGCCAUACACACCGGUCUCAACGACAAUAACAUAACUUCACCGUCCCAAGUGGUUGAUGAAACGAUGCCAUCUUUGAAUUGGAACGUCAGUAAUGUCUUCGGCGGUAGCAAAGAUUGGAGAAACGAAGGAGCCGUAACACCUGUUAAAAGCCAAGGAGGAUGUGCGAUUGCAGCGGUGGAAGGUAUGAUAAAGAUUGCGGGUGGAAACCUCAUAUCACUUUCCGAACAACAGCUUGUAGAUUGUGACACAGAUCAUAACAAAGGUUGCACGAGCGGAGCAAUGGACGAAGCCUUCAGUUACAUUCAAAACAAUGGCAUUGCUUCAGAAUACGCAUACCCUUACCAAGCGAAAAAGGGUAGUUGCUUGUCCAAUGUCAAAGCCGCGGUACAUAUCAGUAAAUUUGAUAACGUUCUAAGCAACAACGAGGCUGCGUUGCUUCUGGCUCUUUCGAUCCAGCCAAUCUCAGUGGCCAUUUCUGCGAGAGGGAACAGUUUCAUCCAUUACGCAGGGGGAGUGUACGAUGGGAAGGACUGUGGGACCAGCGUGAAUCACGCAGUGACACUAGUUGGGUUUGGGACGAGUCCUGAGGGGAUAAAGUACUGGCUAGCGAAGAACUGUUGGGGUACGACAUGGGGAGAGAAGGGUUACAUGAGGCUACGUAGAAAUGUGGAGUGGCCAGAAGGCAUGUGUGGUCUGGCUCAAUAUGGUUCUUAUCCGAUUGCGUGA